AUUUCCCGCCGUCCCCUUUCCCUGUUUUACAACCUAGCAAGUGCCGCGCAUGCGCCACGGAGAGGCCUGGCUCCUCAGUUCGCUCGUUGAAUCCUCGUAGGUCGGUCAGUCGGUCGGCGGGCGGCGUGUGGGAGGGGAGAGCCAGACGAGCCAGCGACCUGCGCGCCUGCUGCCUGCCUGCCUGCGACGGUGGUGGCGGCGGCGUCGGAAUCAGUGAAGCCGGAGUAGCAGCUGCAGCAGCAGUAGCGGCGUCGUCCUCGGAGCGGGGCGAGCGCCGGAGGUAGAGAGUGUGUUUCCACCGCCGCCAUUUCUGUCAGCCCGGACUCAUGAUUCCCAUAUGCCCGGUAGUCUCUUUCACCUAUGUGCCCAGCCGGCUGGGGGAAGAUGCCAAAAUGGCCACCGGCAACUACUUCGGGUUCACCCACACCGGGGCUGCUGCCCAGUACAGCCAGCAGCCAGCUUCAGGUGUAGCCUAUUCCCAUCCAACUACAGUUGCAAGCUACACUGUCCAUCAGGCUCCUGUAGCUGCGCACACAGUUACUGCUGCCUAUGCCCCAGCAGCAGCAACGGUUGCAGUUGCAAGGCCUGCUCCAGUGGCCGUUGCAGCUGCUGCAACAGCGGCAGCCUAUGGAGGUUACCCAACGGCACAUACAGCAACAGACUAUGGUUAUACACAGAGACAGCAAGAAGCUCCCCCGCCGCCACCUCCAGUCACUACACAAAAUUACCAGGACACCUAUUCAUAUGUUAGAUCUACUGCCCCAGCUGUAGCUUAUGACAGCAAGCAAUACUAUCAACAACCCACAGCCACUGCAGCUGCAGUGGCAGCUGCUGCCCAGCCACAGCCUUCUGUGGCUGAAUCGUAUUACCAAACAGCUCCAAAAGCCGGCUAUAGCCAAGGAGCAACUCAGUAUACUCAAGCCCAGCAAACUCGUCAAGUGACAGCCAUAAAACCAGCCACUCCAAGCCCAGCUACUACUACUUUCUCCAUAUAUCCUGUAUCUUCCACUGUGCAACCAGUUGCAGCAGCAGCUACCGUUGUUCCCUCGUAUACCCAAAGUGCUACAUACAGUACAACAGCAGUUACUUAUUCUGGUACAUCGUAUUCUGGCUAUGAGGCUGCAGUAUAUUCAGCUGCAUCAUCUUACUAUCAACAGCAGCAGCAGCAGCAGAAACAGGCGGCGGCGGCAGCUGCUGCUGCUGCUGCGACAGCCGCCUGGACAGGGACCACCUUCACGAAAAAGGCACCAUUCCAAAAUAAACAGUUGAAACCAAAACAGCCUCCCAAACCACCCCAGAUCCACUAUUGUGAUGUUUGUAAGAUCAGCUGUGCUGGACCACAGACUUACAAAGAACAUUUGGAGGGACAGAAACAUAAAAAGAAAGAAGCAGCUUUGAAAGCAUCACAGAACACAACCAGCAACAGUUCAUCUGCUCGUGGGACUCAGAACCAGCUGCGUUGUGAACUCUGUGAUGUGUCUUGCACAGGAGCUGAUGCUUAUGCUGCUCAUAUUCGUGGAGCGAAACAUCAAAAAGUGGUUAAGCUUCAUACUAAACUUGGCAAACCCAUUCCUUCAACUGAACCAAAUGUUGUGACCCAGGCUACGUCUGCAACAUCUGCUUCCAAACCAACUGCUGUCUCUUCAAACAUUGCAACUAACAGCAGCACUGUGAAUUCUUCCGUUUCAUCUUUGGCAGUGAAAAUUCUUACUCCUUCCGCGAAUGUGCUACUUAGCACAACUUCCAACAACAAAGCAACAAUAGUUCCAGCUAAUGUUGCUGUAAAGAAAAUAUCCACACCCAAAAUUAACUUCGUUGGUGGUAACAAGCUACAGACAACAGGAAGCAAAGUGGAUGAAUUAAAAGUAGUAGAAAAUAUCAAAACUACUCCUUCUAUUGCUGCAGUGCAAACACAGGAAAUUAAGCCAGAUAUGUCUGCUGAAUCAGUAACAUCUACAGCUCUUGCUGCUUUGCAAAGUGAGGUCCAACCAGUGGGUCAUGACUAUGUCGAAGAGGUACGGAAUGAUGAAGGGAAGGUUAUUCGUUUCCAUUGCAAACUUUGUGAAUGCAGUUUUAAUGAUCCUAAUGCCAAGGAGAUGCAUUUAAAAGGAAGGCGGCAUAGAUUACAAUAUAAGAAAAAAGUAAACCCAGACUUGCAAGUAGAAGUGAAGCCGAGCAUCCGGGCAAGGAAGAUCCAGGAAGAAAAGAUGAGGAAGCAGAUGCAGAAAGAAGAAUAUUGGAGAAGACGUGAAGAGGAGGAACGGUGGAGAAUGGAAAUGAGACGCUAUGAGGAGGACAUGUACUGGAGGAGGAUGGAAGAAGAGCAGCAUCAUUGGGAUGACCGCCACAGAAUACCUGAUGGAGGAUAUCCUCAUGGACCUCCAGGACCUCUUGGACUACUUGGUGUUAGACCAGGAAUGCCACCACAGCCCCAGGGACCAGCUCCUCUUCGGCGACCAGAUUCUUCAGAUGACCGUUACGUAAUGACCAAACAUGCUGCUAUCUAUCCAACUGAAGAGGAACUCCAGGCAGUACAGAAAAUAGUUUCUAUCACUGAGCGUGCACUGAAACUUGUAUCUGAUAAUAUGACCGACAAUGAAAAAAACAAGAGCAAGGACGGAGAUGAUAAAAAAGAGGGCGGUAAAGACAGGGCUUUGAAAGGAGUCUUACGAGUGGGAGUGUUGGCUAAGGGUUUGCUGCUCCGAGGAGACCGAAAUGUCAACCUUGUCUUGCUGUGUGCUGAGAAACCUACUAAGACAUUGCUGAGUCGCAUUGCUGAAAAUCUGCCCAAGCAACUUGCCGUAAUAAGUCCUGAGAAAUAUGAAAUAAAGUGUGCAGGACAAGAAGCAUCCAUCAUUUUGAAUUCCUGUGUGGAACCUAAAAUGCAAGUGACCAUCACGUUGACAUCACCAGUGAUUCGGGAAGAGAACAUGAGGGAUGGAGAUGUAACCUCGGGUAUGGUGAAAGACCCACCGGACGUCUUGGACAGGCAAAAAUGCCUUGACGCUCUGGCUGCUCUACGCCACGCUAAGUGGUUCCAGGCUAGAGCUAAUGGUCUGCAGUCGUGUGUCAUUAUCAUACGUAUUCUUCGUGAUCUCUGUCAGAGAGUUCCCACUUGGUCUGACUUUCCAAGCUGGGCAAUGGAAUUAUUAGUAGAGAAGGCAAUUAGCAGCGCUACUGGACCACAAAGCCCAGGAGAUGCCUUAAGAAGAGUGUUUGAGUGUAUAUCUUCAGGAAUUAUCCUUAAAGGUGGUCCUGGCCUUUUGGAUCCUUGUGAAAAAGAUCCUUUUGAUACACUUGCUUUAAUGACAGAUCAGCAACGAGAAGACAUUACUUCAAGUGCACAGUUCGCAUUGAGACUCCUUGCAUUCCGUCAAAUACACAAAGUUUUAGGAAUGGAUCCCUUGCCCCAGAUGAAUCAGCGCUUCAAUAUUCACAACAAUCGUAAAAGGAGAAGGGACAGUGAUGGAGUUGAUGGCUUUGAAGCUGAGGGGAAGAAAGACAAGAAAGAUUAUGAUAACUUUUAAAAAAAGAAAAGAAAACUGUGUUUGGUGUUAACAGAGGCCAUUUGUUCUCUGAUUUUUUUCCUCAAUGUCUGUUAAAUACAUCCAAAAAAGUUAGAAAAAUUACUUUUUGUGUGGCAUUCACACCAUUUUUUUUAGGAUGUGCAGACUAAUUAUGGUAGAAAGAGAUCACAAAUGGAAACUAUUCUGACUUCUAGCAGACCCCUCAUUGUUUAGUUUCUAACUUCUAAUGUAUGAUUCUUGUUUUCUCUUCUUUACGUUAAGUAGUACAAUGUAUACUUAAAUUCCACUGUAUUUAAUACAGUGUUUUGUGCUUCAGUUGCUUUGUGUAUUUUGCUCUUUUAUUUAGAAUUUUAAGUUACCAUUGACACAAGCUGUAAGUUGCUUUGUAUUAGAAAAUGGUAAAUACAGUCCUUCACUUAAUAUUUUAUAGAAGAACACUUUUUGUAAAGUGGGUCUGCAAUAUUAUUUCUCCUAAAUGUGAAGCGUUAACACAAACUUAUCCUGCUAUUUAAGUGCUUUCAAUUAAAUGUUUCUGCCAAAUCCAUGGCAUUUGUCUCUUUAGUGAUAUAAUGGUGUACUUAAGACAGAUUUGUGUUACUCUAAUCAGGUUUGUUGUUAGUUAUGCAUUAGCAGUAUAAAUGCUGAACAUACACAGUUUGGAUUUGCUGCAAUUUUAGCAACUGCAUAAUUGAUUUUAAAAAUUGCAUGACUUUGUUUUUAAUAGAAGGGCUUUAAAAAAGUAUCAAUUUAGGUUUCAUGCCUAGGUCUUUGUAUGAUUGACUUUGAUAUAGCAAGGCCAAAAAAUAAAUUUCUGAAAUUUUGCCGAAAACAUUAAGAGGGUAUUUUCCCCUUUGGGAAAGAGCUGGCUACUUGUUUUCAGAGAGCUUAUCAGUAUGGUAGCUCUGAAUUAAAAUAAUUGUUUGCUAUAUCAGUGCCUGUGAGAUUGCUCCUUUUGCUAUUUCCUUACCAAAUUAUUCAGUAACUUUCAUUUUAGGUCUACAACCUGAACGUAGAUACCAAUCUUUCUGGAAAUUUGAAGGUUGUUAAAGAAAAUAGCAGAAAAUUAUUUGUGGCCAUAGUGUAUGCUUAUGUCUCCUUCAAACAACUAAAUAUUAUAGCAGUGCUGUAAUUCAGGUCUACAUCUGGCUGUUGAUGUAUGCUCUGGUACACAGAUGUGAUUUGUUACAACACUACAGUGGAAUCUGCAAAUAAAACUAAAAUCUAUUAAA